UAAACAAAUCAUUUCAUUUCAACUGCUUCCUCUCCAAUUCCUUCCAUCCAAGAUUCCCCGGAGCAACCGCCAUGGGAGAUCUUACGAUGAAAUUCCCAAGGAAUCCGAUCCAUACCGCCGAAGAUUGCAUAAUUUUCAGAGGCUUGGACAGUGCCGUCGACGAUGACGACUCGCAAUCGGAAUCUGGAGUCUGUUCACCCACGCUCUGGGGUUCAGAUUCUCGGAUGAACCCCCAAUUUCAUCGCUCGCGUAAUCGCACUCUUUCCCCGACUUCCCGCACUCAAGCCAUCGCCAGAGGACAGCAGGAGCUCAUGGAGAUGGUCAGGAACAUGCCGGAAUCCUCCUACGAGCUUUCUCUCAAAGAUCUCGUCGAACAUCACUUGCGGCAACAAGAGAGCGCCUCCAUCGAGAAAUAUGAUUCCGCCUCUGAAACUUCCUUCAUAAGAGAUCCUAUCAAGAAGAGGAGUGAAACCAGAGCACUCGUUACCAGAAGUAGAAGCGUCAAUAGCGGUGGAUUUUAUCUCAAAAUGUUCUUCCCGAUGCCGUUAGGGAAAAUUUCAACGAAAAAGAAGAGUAAUGUUAGAAGCGACUCGGCGUUGAAUGGAAGUUCGAGAGUAUCUCCUAAGCCACCGCAAGUGGACAGAGACUGGUGGAGGAAGAGAUCGUCAGCAACCUCCGGCGAGAAUGGCGGCAGUGUCUCCGGCAGUAGUAGUAGCAAUAGUAAUAGCACAAGCAGCGAAAGAAGCAACAGCAGGAACUCUGAAUCAAAAGGGAGUUGCUGGUUUUGUAUCAGUCCAAUCAGAAGCAAAAAUCCAGAGUAAAACAAACAGCUUCAUCGGAGAAUUCAAAUCAAAUCAAAUCAAAUCAAUCUUAAUAUGUAAUAACCUUUUGUUUUAUUUCUAUAAAAAUCAUCCCUUCGUUUUCUACUUUAA